AUGCUAUCACUGGUAGUGGCAUCAUUGCUACUUGUAACAGUGGUGGUGAUGAUCUCAAUGACUUUGGCAUUCUUCACAUCAUUGUUGACUGUACUCAUACCUCUUACAUUCAUCUUGGCACUAUUAAUCUUUAUACUCAGACUACGAUUCAUUCAAAGAAGAAGACCAGAUUCACAAUAUACUGUUGCAUUCUUCCAUCCAUAUUGUGCUGCUGGAGGUGGCGGUGAGAGAGUACUAUGGUGCUCUGUCAAGUCGAUACAGGAUGAAUAUCCACAUGUAAAGUGUGUCGUGUACACUGGCGACACAGUCUCUGAUCAACAGAUAUAUGAUAAGAUCAAGAAUCAAUUCGAUAUACAUCUAAACAGAGACAAUCUUGAGUUUGUUAGAUUACAUCAGAGACGAUUCGUUGAAGCUUCAAUGUAUCCUAGAUUCACAUUGGUUGGUCAGUCAUUGGGCUCAAUGUUGUUGGGAUGGGAGGCACUCAACCUGCUCAACCCUCAUGUAUUCAUAGACACGAUGGGCUAUGCAUUCACAUACCCAAUCUUUAGACUGCUAGGCGGUUGUAAGGUGGCCUGUUACGUCCACUACCCAGUCGUGAGCACAGAUAUGAUGUCGAGAGUGGGCCAAGCCGCCCACAACAACAACCAGGCCAUCUCUGGCAACAGGACUUUGGCCACGGGCAAGCUGAUCUACUACAGAGUGUUCUCAUGGGUCUACUGCCUCGUGGGCAACUUUGCACAGAUCGUGUUUGUCAAUGGAACGUGGACGGGCAAUCACAUCGCACAUCUGUGGAGGAUGAAGAUCGGCGUCAAUGGACUGCACCUGCUGUACCCACCCGUCGACACGAGGACCAGGAAGCAGCUGGCACUUAAUUGGAUGGGCAGGAAGAACAUUGUCCUGUCGAUCGCGCAGUUCAGACCAGAGAAGGAUCACACUCUGCAACUCAACACACUGCACUACAUCCUCACCAAGUAUCCAGAGCAUCGCAACAACAUCAAGUUUGUGCUGGUUGGCUCGACACGCGACCAGGACGACAGGGACCGCGUGGAGGCCCUCAAGACGCUGGCCGACGAGUUGGAGAUUGCCGAUCACCUGGAGAUCAAUGUUGGCGUGUCGGCACAGCACUUGAACCAGCUGCUGAACGAGGCGUCCGUUGGCAUUCACACAAUGUGGGCCGAGCACUUUGGCAUUGGCGUCGUCGAGUUGAUGGCGGCCGGAGUGAUACCAGUGGCGCACAACUCUGGUGGACCCAAGGAGGACAUUGUCAAGCACAACGAGACAGGCUUCUUGGCCGUCACCAAAGAGGAGUAUGGCGACUACAUUCACGACAUACUCUCAUCCAAAGUGAAGUACAUAGAGAUGCAACGUGCAGCACGUGAAUCAACCGACAGAUUCUCUGAGGAGAACUAUAUUGUACAGUUCAUUGAGAAGAUCAGUCCACUACUACCACAAUCAGAGAAGAAACAUAAAUAA